GUCUGUCUGGUCUCUUUCCUAAUCUCCCUGUGUUUUGCCACCAGAACCGGUUCCUACGUUUUCAGCCUAUUUGACUCUUUCUCCGCCAAUAUACCUCUGCUGAUUAUAGCAUUCAUAGAAUUAUUAGGGAUGUCAUAUAUUUAUGGUUUACAAAGAUUAUGCGAUGAUAUAGAGCUGAUGAUAGGAAGCCGGCCUGGCUAUUUCUGGCUCCUGUGUUGGCGUUUUAUCGGUCCACUUGCCAUGGUCGUUAUUUUUGUUGCUAGCCUCAUAGAAAUUUUCUCUAAAGGAGUCAGUUACGAGGUCUGGAACUCAUUAAAGGGAUACACGGAGUUAGCCCCAUGGCCCUGGUGGUGCCAGGUGUUAGCCGUUCUUCUAAUUCUGUCCUCCGUACUGUGGAUCCCGGGGGUGGCGCUGGUCAAGUACUACAGACUUAUAGAUUGGAAGGAGGAGGUGCCCGCCUAUUUCCCCGAGGACGAGUUGAUGGAAGAGAGACAGUUUCAGCCACAUAUCAGUAACCAGUUCGAAAAAGUUUUAUUUGGGUUCAAGGAUUAGACACGUACGAUAUGUAAUAUUUUAGUUAGGCAUUGCAAUACGUAUCAAAGUAAAGAAGAACAUCUACCAACGUGUAUAAUUCUUGUAUAUUAGAAAAGAGCUAUAUGUGAUGUUUAUCGUAAUAGUUUUGGUUUGUCUAACUAUAUUGUUUAUUCAUCCAUGCAUUGUUACUUUAAAUCAUUGCCAUGCCAUUCAUUAUUAUUAUAUUUAUAUUAUAAAAUUGUUCCAUUUGACUAAAAAUCUAGAUUGAAAUUUAAAAAAAAGUAAUACUAUACUCUUGUGAAUACUGAUAAAUCAUCGAAGUGUCAAUAUCGGUGCAUGUGUGUUUAUAGCUUAUCAGUGAUAUAUUUACGAUAGCGCAUUGUACGAAAACACAAGUGAAGUAAUAUAAAAUGUAUUUUCUUUUUAUUUAUCAACAACAAUAAAGUAACAACUUUG